CCACAACACCUUCGAGCUUUACCAUCCCUCUAUUAUCCCGGAUCGCUAUCGAUCUGCGGUUUACGCGAGUCUCGCGAGUAGUCUGAUUGACGCGCGACGUCUUGUUCAUCAUGUUUUCCGGGUCGAACUCCUAUUUAGGGGGUGGGAACAGCGCCCGACCUGGACAGCCUCAGUAUGGCCAGCAGCAGCAACAGCAGCAGCAGCCAUUUCAGCAGUCUGGAGGCUUCCAAGGUGGAUUGGGUCCCCAGCCAACGGGCUUCGGCGGAGGGCCCAUGCAACCGCAGUUUACGGGUUUCCCUGGACAGCAGCAGAACUUUGGGCAGCCGCAACAGCAGCAACCCCAAUUCACGGGAUUUCCGGGUCAACAGGCACAAUCGUUUCAACAGCAGCCCCAGCAGCAGCAGUCUUUUCAGACUGGCGCGCCGCCUCCGCCUCCUCCGAAGCAAAUGCCCCAACCGACGGGAAUGACCUCCUCCCAGAUGGCCGACUCCUUUCGCGGGACAUCAUCGUCCAAACCCCCACCACCGCCCGCGAAGACGAACAAGAUUCCGAACAUUCGACUUUCUUUCAUAACUGCUCAAGAUCAGGCCAAGUUUGAGCAGUUGUUCAAAUCUGCUGCGGGAGAUGCUCAGGCACUAUCUGGAGACCAAGCACGAGACCUGCUCAUGCGGUCCAGGCUAUCCGGAGAUGCCCUCUCUCAUAUCUGGACUCUAUCGGAUACGACCAAGUCAGGCCAAUUGUUGUUCCCUGAAUUUGCGCUUGCCAUGUAUCUUUGCAAUCUCAAGCUGACUGGAAAGGACAUACCGAACAACUUACCCGACCGCGUGAAGAACGAGGUUUCUAGUAUGGUAGAUAUCAUAUCGUUCGGCGUGGCAGAAGAUGAGUCGUCCCGGCCGGCCCCUGGGGGUGGUCAGAGUUCUGGUCAAAUACCCACAAUCCAGCAACCGCAGCCCCAGGCUUCAAACAGUCAACUGCUGUCAUCGUUGGUUUCUCAACCGACCGGGUUCAAUCAGUCCCAAUUAGGACCUCAGCCGACUGGAUUCCAGCCGCAGCCGACAGGCUUUGGCCAGGCACAGAACACCGGCUACACUGGGCCCCGUCCGCCUAUGCCACCCAUGCCUACCGGCUUCGCUCCCGGUCUUUCUCCGAAUCAGACUGGCCUGGCUCCUUUGAAUGCGCAACCUACCGGCGUCCCUGGACAGUGGGGUUUAGUCAAUAACCCAGCUACAGGACUUCCAAACAUUGAGGCUCUGACUCAGCGAAUGAUGCCCCAGACAGGGCGUGAGGGCGGCAACUACACCACUGCCGGGCUCAGUGGCAAUGCCAAGAUUCCUUGGGCAAUCACGAAAGGCGAGAAGAAGCUGUAUGACGAUACCUUCAAAGCCUGGGACGGAUUCGGCAAAGGGUUCAUUAGCGGCGAGCAAGCCAUUGAGAUCUUUGGCCAAAGUGGUUUGCCUAAACCUGAUCUGGAAGCUGUUUGGACUCUGGCAGAUUCUACGGAUAGGGGCCGACUUAACCUUGACGAAUUUGCCGUGGCAAUGCAUCUCAUUUACAGAAAAUUGAACGGAUAUCCUGUUCCAAAUCGACUACCUCCGGAGCUCAUUCCCCCGUCUACCCGCAAUCUCAACGAGUCCAUCGGUACUAUGAAGUCACUCCUGUCAAGAGAUGCCGAGGAGAGAAAGAAUUCCGGUGCUUUCCUACAGCCCCAGCGAACCGGUGUCAGCUAUCUCAAAUCACAUUCAUUCCGUGCGGGUAGCCCAGCUGCUGGAGGACGCAAAGACGCAACUGUGUUCCGAAACAAUGACGACAGCAUCGGCUACAAAUCAAGCGCAAGGCGCCGACUUGGAGCAGGCGGGCGCUCGCCUUCUCCUGCGACGCCAUCGUCCCCAGGCUCGGAGCGGUCCCAGGAUGACUUGACUGUCGAUCAGCUCAAGAAAUUGGUGCGAGAGAAACAGAUUCUCUUGGAUGCUAUGGACAUCCGUGACGAGAAUGCAGCCGAUGAAGAUGAUGCACUUGAUAGACGUGAUCGAAGGGAAGCCGAGGAUCUCUAUCGACGCAUUCGUAGGAUCCAGGAAGAUAUCGAUGCGCACCCCCAGGCCUCUUUGAGGUCGAGCGACUCCGAUGCUGAACGCCGGGCACUCAAGCGACAGUUGCAGAAAUUGACUGAUCGUCUACCGGAAUUGGCCUCAAGUGUCCGUCGGGCAGAGCGCGAGAUCGCGGACGCGCAGUUGGAGCUCUUCAGGCUGAAGGACGCAAAAGCUCACCCAGGCUCUGCUUCCACCAUCGUGGGCACAGGUCCAGGUGGUGCCGUUACUGAAGCAGACCGAUUGAAGGCCCGCGCGAAGGCCAUGAUGCAAGCGCGCUCUGCUGCUCUCACUGGAAAGCCCGUACCUGCGAGCGAUGACACUGGUGCGGCUGCUGAGCGCCUGGAGAAGGAAACUUCUCGCAUUCGAUCCGAGAGGGAGAGCAAUGAACAUAUGAUCCGUGACGUAGAGGACAGCGUGCGCGAAUAUACUAGUGGACUGGAGGCAAGCCUUAAAGAAGGGGGACAUGAUAGUACCAGCGAACAUGAACGCCGCCGAUGGGAAGACGGCCUCGGCGUGGAAGACGAAGUCAAGGACUUCAUCUUUGAUCUUCAACGUAGCAGCCGAGCAUCUCGAAUUCGCAAAGAAGAUUCCUCGCGUGAUACGUACAGGUCCACCUCCCGUUCUGGAGAGAAUGAGACGCGAUCUACCUCAGCACGGUACGAAAGUUCUGCCAGAAGCCCGGAGCCUACGUCGCGUCCGUCGCCCAGCCCGGCUUCUGGGGGCUCAUACUCUUCAUACAAGACACCCGAGGAUCGCGCAGCUUUUAUCAAGCAGCAAGCAGAACAGCGCAUGGCGGAGCGCCUUGCUGCCCUUGGUCUCCGUGCGCCAACGAAGGCAGGAGAGUCGCCUCAGGAGCGCCAGGAGCGUGAGAAGAAGGAAAGAGAGGACAAGCUCAAGCAUGCCGAAGAAGAAGAUGCUCGCCGAGAACAAGAGAGACAGAGAAGGCUAAACGAUGAGAGCAUUGCCCCGCCCAGUGCACCCAAGUCCAGUGGCAAGAAGCCUCCUCCUCCGCCAGUAUCGCGAAAGAACAAGUCCGAAGUCGCUCAGCAUGAUGCUAGGCAAGCGGAUGCCGAAGCAAAGCGUGCAGAGAACGAGAUCGCCGAGAAGGCGCUUCGCGAACAGCAGCAAGCACAGGAAGCAGAGAGGAAACGCCUCGAGGAUGAGGAGCGUCAACAGGAAGCUGAGCUCGCCGAAGAGCGGGAAGCUGCUCAAGCCCGACUACGAGCUUUGGAAGAACAAUUCCAACAAGGCAAGAUUAAGAAAGAAGAGGAGAAGCGUCGCAAGAAAGCCGCUCAGCGUGAAGCCAAGGACAAAGAGUCACGACUUGCUGCUCAACGCGCAGAGAUCGAAGCUGCACGAGAGCGAGAGCGUCAGUUGCAGCUGCAAUUGGAGAGUCUUGACGAUGACGAUUCCUCGGACGACGAAGGCCCAGAGAGCAUCACUCCGCAUGAUGCCACUCCCACUGCAAGCCAGGAAAUACCUCGUGAGCCAACCGUAACAGCACCAGCAGCACCAUCCAUUCCCUCUGCUCCGCCUCUACCGCGCCAGAAUAGUACGCCGCCAUCAUCUAUUGCCAGCCCUCCAACAUCAUCUCUUACCAGCCCUCAUGCUGGUUUGGGAGACACCGAGACGAAGAAUCCCUUCCUCAAGAAGAUGGCCAUGUCCAAUCAAGAGCAUAACCCAGUGUCCACGCCACCAGCUGCCCCAAGCAGCAGCAGCGAGGUCUCGACCAAUCCAUUCCAUCGCUUGACACAAGAGAAUGCCAACAAGACCACACUCCCAGAGCCUGCCGCACCUCCUGCCCGAACCCGAGGCCGCCCAGACGAUGAUGACUGGUCUGUCGUUGAUUCUGACGACGACUCGUCUGAUGACGAUGAUGCUCCUCAGGGUGGUGCCAAGCAGCUUGCAUCCAUCUUGUUUGGCACUAUGGCUCCUCCACGCCCAUUGUCCGCAAUGGAUAAUAAGAGCUCUCGCGCAGACAGUCCAGCGGUAUCUUCCCCUGCUGCGGGCAUACCACCUCCUCCUCCCAUGCCAUCUGGAGGUGCUCCCCCUCCCCCUCCUGGACCACCCCCACCCCCUGCUGGUGGACCUCCACCUCCACCACCGAUGCCAACUUCAUCUGCCAGGCCUGCUGGCGCUCCUGAUCGUGGUGCUCUACUAGGCCAGAUUCAAAUGGGUAAGGGCUUGAGGAAAGUUGAAACAAAGGACAGAAGUCAAGCAUCAACUGCAGGUAGAGUUUUGUAGAUUACUACUUGUUGUGAGCGUGGUCAUUUUGUAAUAUAGCCGAUUGUUAAUAAAUUGAUAAGUUG